CACUUUCAUUUCCCCUGAAAUGACGGAGGAGCCAGGAAGAAAGCUGUGACUGGUAUCGUCCUUCAGUCCCGUAGACAAAGUGCCUGUGUGCACUAGCCACAGUGAGGCACUGGCCUCUGCUAGCACAGCCUCCCAUGCAGCGACCGCGUCUAUAAGCGCUGCAGCCUGUUGUCCAGCCGCAGGAUGGCUGCCCCGGAGACCUCCAAGUUGCUGGAUAAGGAGCGAUACUCACGGCAGCUGUAUGUGCUGGACUUGCCGGCCAUGCAGAAGAUUCAGGGAGCGAAGGUCCUGCUGUCAGGCCUUCAGGGCCUGGGGGCUGAGGUGGCCAAAAACCUGGUCCUGAUGGGUGUGGGCAGCCUCACUCUGCAUGAUCCCCACCCUACCUGUUGGUCUGACCUGGCUGCCCAGUUUUUCCUCUCAGAGCAGGACUUGGAAAGAAGCAGGGCUGAGGCAUCUCAAGAACUUGUGGCUAAGCUUAACAGAGCUGUCCAGGUAUGCAUCCACACAGGUGACAUCACUGAGGAGCUGCUGCUGGACUUCCAGGUAGUGGUGCUGACCACCUCGAAGCUGGAGGAGCAGCUGAAGUUGGGCACUUUAUGCCACAAGCUCGGAGUCUGCUUUCUGGUGGCCGAUACCCGGGGCCUUGUGGGGCAGUUGUUCUGUGACUUUGGUGAGGACUUCACUGUGCAGGAUCCUACAGAGGCAGAACCCCUGACAGCUGCUAUCCAGCACAUCUCCCAGGGCUCCCCUGGAAUUCUUACUCUGAAAAAAGAGGCCCACAACUUCUGCGAUGGGGAUUUGGUGACUUUCUCGGGCAUUAAGGGCAUGGUGGAGCUCAAUGGCUGUGAUCCCCGGCCUAUCCAUGUGAACGGGGACAGAACCUUGGAGAUUGGGGACACAGCAAAUUUCUCCUGUUACUUGAGUGGUGGGACUGUCACUGAGGUCAAGAGGCCCAAGACUGUGAGCCAUAAGCCCCUGGAUGUAGCUCUGCUCCAGCCCCGUGUGGUGGCCCAGAGUUCCCAGGAAGCUCGCCGCGCCCGCUGCCUACAUCAGGCCUUCCGUGCCCUGCACCAGUUCCAGCACCUCAAUGGCCGCCUGCCCCGGCCCUGGGAUCCUGUUGAUGCAGAGAUGGUGGUGGGCCUGGCCCAGUCCCUGGAACCACUGAAGGGGACAGAAGGAGAGCCGCUGGAAGAGCCUCUGGAUGAGGCUCUCGUGCAGACAGUCGCCCUGAGUAGUGCUGGUGGCUUGAGCCCCAUGGCAGCCAUGUUGGGUGCGGUGGCCGCCCAGGAAGUGCUGAAAGCAAUCUCCGGGAAGUUCAUGCCCCUGGACCAGUGGCUUUACUUUGAUGCCCUCGAUUGCCUUCCAGAAGACGGGGAGCCCCAUCCCAAACCAGAGGACUGUGCUCCGAGACAUUGUCGCUAUGAUGGGCAAAUUGCAGUGUUUGGGGCUGGUUUUCAGGAGAAGCUGAGCCGCCAGCACUACCUCCUGGUGGGUGCUGGAGCUAUCGGUUGUGAGUUGCUCAAAGGUUUUGCCCUAGUGGGCCUCGGGGCUGGCGCCAGCGGGGGAGUGACUGUUGCCGACAUGGACCACAUAGAGCGCUCCAAUCUCAGCCGUCAGUUCCUCUUCAGGACCCAGGACAUUGGUAGGCCUAAGGCAGAGGUAGCUGCAGAGGCUGCUCGCCGCCUGAACUCAGACUUGCAGGUGACCCCACUCAUCUACCCACUGGAUCCCACUACAGAGCACAUCUAUGGGAACAACUUCUUCUCCCGUGUGGACGGUGUGGCUGCUGCCCUGGACAGUUUCCAGGCCCGGCGCUAUGUGGCUGCUCGCUGCACCCACUAUCUGAAGCCACUGCUGGAGGCGGGGACACAUGGUACCUUGGGACAUGCUUCAGUGUUCAUGCCGUGUGUGACUGAGACCUACAGAGCCCCUGCCUCAGCUAUCGCUUCUGAGAAUGCUACCUACCCUGUCUGCACCCUGCGGCACUUCCCCAACACAGUCGAGCACACCGUGCAGUGGGCCCGGGAUGAGUUUGAGGGGCUCUUCCGUCUGUCUGCUGAGACCAUCAACCGCCACCAACAGGCACCCACUUCUCUGGCAGAACCAGAUGGGCUAAAGGUGCUGACCCUGCUGCAGGAGGUGCUGGGUGUCCUAAGAGAGCGUCCACAGACCUGGCAAGACUGUGUGGUGUGGGCUCUUGGCCACUGGCAACUAUGCUUCCAUGACGGCAUCAUGCAGCUCCUCAAUCGUUUCCCACCUGAUAAAGUGCUUGAGGAUGGAACUCUUUUCUGGUCAGGUUCCAAACAGUGUCCGCAGCCCUUGCAGUUUGAUGCCAGCCAAGACACACACCUCCUCUAUGUGCUGGCGGCUGCUAACUUGUAUGCCCAGAUGCAUGGACUGCCUGGCUCACGGGACCAGACUGCACUCAGGGAACUACUGAAGUUGCUGCCACUGCCUGUCCCCCAGAACCUGGUCCCCAUCUUUCCUAACGACCUGGAGCUAGCUCGGGCUUCUGCUGAGUUUGGCCCUGAGCAAUUGAAGAAACUGCACAAAGUCCUGGAAGUCUGGAGUGGGAGCCCUCCCCUCGAGCCCCUGAAGUUUGAGAAGGACAAUGAUAGCAACUUCCAUGUGGACUUUGUGGCAGCGGCAGCAAGCCUGCGAGCUCAGAACUAUGGGAUCCCCCCUGCCAACCACGCCCAGAGCAAGCGAAUUGUGGGCCAGAUUAUUCCAGCCAUUGUCACCACUACAGCAGCUGUGGCUGGCUUGGUGGGCCUGGAGCUGUAUAAGGUGGUGAAUGGGCCACGGCCCCUCAGUGCUUUUCGCCACAGCCACCUGCAUCUGGCUGAAAACCGCUUUAGCCGCUGGGUGCCUUGCGCCCCAGCCAUCCAGAAGUGCCAUCACCUGACAUGGACCUGGACCUGUUGGGACCGCCUGAAGGUGCCUGCUGGGCAGCCAGAAAGGACCCUGAAGUCGUUGCUGGCCCAUCUCCAGGAACGGUAUGGGCUGAGGGUGAAGAUGCUGCUGCACGGCAAGGCCCUACUCUACUCAGCAGGAUGGUCACCUGAAAAGCAGGCCCAGCACCUGGCCCUUCGGGUGACCAAACUGGUGCAGCAGGUGACAAGCCGGAUGCUUGAGCCUGGGCAGCGGAUGCUGGUGCUGGAGCUCAGCUGUGAGGGUGAGGAGGAGGACACUACCUUCCCACCCUUGCACUACGAGCUGUGACAAGGCAGCAGCCCUAUCACCUGGCUCUAUAGAGCCCUGCAUCCUGAGCCCACAGUAGGCACUCAAUAAAUGCUUGUUGAAGGAGGGUG